AUGGCAAGAGACCUCAUUGCUCCGCUGUGGACAGACCUCAACAAUGCAGCUGCAGGAACCAUCUACUACCAGGAGGUCACCAGUGGUCCUCUUCUUGAAAGAGCCACAGCAGACAUUAACACCCUUUUUCCCACUCUGUCCUUCUCUGCUUCGUCAGUCUUUACAGCCACCUGGGAUGGUGUUCCAGACUUUGCUCGAAAUGGGGCUGGCUACACUAGAGUGGAGGAAGGACGUUAUUUCUCAAUCCCUGUGGCUGAGUCUGAAGACCUCCCAUCCAGCAGCAACAUCAACAUUAAUGGUCGCUGGGUCUUCCGUGUUGAUGGUGGCUCUGGAGAUCUCUGCGCUGAACUGAACUGUACAGAGGAUGAAUGGUGUGGGGAGAAAAACGGAAUCUAUGGCUGUUACUGUGACGAGAUUUAUGACGAAACUGACUCUGAAUCAUUUGAUGCUGUUCUGUCUUGUCACAGUAGCUCAGGAACAAUCUCUCUGUCUCGCUGCCAGCUCCUUGAGGCUGGUUUCCCUGCCCAUGUGUUACACAUGAAUGACCCCAACUGCACAGGGACCAUCAGAGAUGGCAGAGUCAUAUUUCAGUUUGAUAACAAUAUGAGAAUCUGUGGAACUACUCUCACUACCGUUUCCAUGAGGGAGGACAUCAUCCCGCUGGAGAGAAAUGUUAAUGUGGAGCUGCCAGCAGGUCAGGGGACAUAUCAGGUCCAGAUGAUUCCGUAUCCGGAUCCUAAGUUCUCACAACCCUUCAAUGGGAGUGUGGAUGAAAUUGUGGAUGAGCAACUCUAUGUGGCAGUGCAUGUGGAUGGGGUUGAUAGCAGCCACGUCGCCAUGGUGAUGGAUACCUGUUGGGCCACUCCUGUGAGUGAUCCUGCCUACAAUAUCAGUUGGGACCUCAUUGUUAACGGAUGUCCGAACCCUGAGGAUGGAACAGUGGAGGUGCUGGAGAAUGGUAACUCCACAACUGGCCUUUUCUCCUUCAGAAUAUUUACAUUCGUGGGAAAUUUCUCUCAGGUUUUCCUGCACUGUAAAACUCACAUAUGUCUUCUCAAGGACAACAGCUGUACUUUGCCAUGUGAUCAGUCAUAUCACAUGAGGAGACGCAGGUCUGUGGAUGGCCAUGACAGUGCUUCAGUUUCUUUAGGCCCACUGGAGUUCUCAGACAGAAACACAGAUGCUGUUGAUGUGCAGUUCCCAACAGCUGUGAGGAUACAUAGGGCCCCAUAG